GUUUUAUUUGAAACCAUGUCUCUUGUUGGGAAGUUUGUGAGUGAAUUAGAAAUAAAUGCACCUGCUCACAAAUAUUAUGAAGUCUUCAAAGACAAAGUUUCUCACAUUCCCAAUAUUUCCCCAACCAUCUUCCAAAAUGUUGAAGUUCAUGAAGGUGAUUGGGACAGCCAUGGCCAUGGCUCCAUCAAAGUUUGGAAUUACACCCUCGAUGGAAAAGCUGAGGUAUUCAAAGAACGGGUGGAAUUCGAUGAUGAAAAUUAUGCAGUAACGUUGAUUGGAUUAGAAGGAGAUGUGUUCGAGCAUUACAAAACUUUCCAAGGAACCUAUAAAGUUGUGCCAAAAGGUCCUGAGCAUAGUUUGGCAAUUUUAACCUUGCAAUUUGAGAAACUUAACGAUGGUUCUCCUUAUCCGUACAAGUAUCUCGAUCUGAUGAAUACCAUCACCAAAGACAUCGAAACUCACCUUAAAUAA